AUGAGGCCCGCUCAGCUGAUCCGUCCUGCCGCCACAGUUGCGCUCCUCUUCUUCGUCUCAGCACUGUCCGUGUCCUCUGGCUGCAACAAAGCUCUGUGUGCCAGCAACGUCAGCAAGUGCCUCAUCCAGGAGCUGUGCCAGUGUCGCCCCACUGAUGGCAACUGCUCGUGCUGCAAGGAGUGCAUGCUGUGCUUGGGUAACCUGUGGGAGGAGUGCUGCGAUUGCGUAGGUAUGUGCAACCCCAAGAACUACAGCGACUCGCCGGCCACUUCUAAGAGCACGGUGGAGGAACUGCACCGGCCCAUCCCAUCGCUCUUCCGUGCCCUCACAGAGGGUGACGCACCUGUCAACAUGAUGGUGGUCUCCUUUCCUGUGUCUGAGGAGCUUUCCCACCACGAGAACCUGGUCUCCUUCCUGGAGUCGCUGGACGGCCCGCACCAGAAUGUGUCAGUGCCCGCCAACAGCAUUCACGCCACCUACGACGCGCAAGAGAACAUGUGCACGGUGGUGUACUUCGACGACUGCGUGUCCAUCCGCCAGUGCAAACUAUACUGCGAAUCGAUGGGUGGCUCCAAAUACCGCUGGUUUCACAACGCUUGCUGCCAAUGCAUUGGGCCCGAGUGCGUUGACUAUGGCAGCAAAGCCGUCAAGUGCAUCAACUGUCUCUUCUAG